UUGAAGGGUGUUUAGAUGAGAAGCAAGAUAAUAAUGAUUAUGAAAAUUGGCUCAAUACUCUUUCAGUUACUCAAUCUACUACAAUUGUUCAGAACAUUUACAGAUAUCAAUCUUAUAUUAAUAAUGAAAAUUCUCAGAAUGGUUUGGAUUUGAAUGGCAAUCAAUAUGUUUCUCUUAACAAACAACGCCAAUAUUAUGUUCAUGUAUGGGGAUUAGUUAAGCAAGCGAAUCGGAUUGCUUGCAAAAAUUGUGAUGAAUCUUUUGAUGAUCAAGAAAAUAUAGGUCAAAUUCAAAAUCUUAUAAUUAGGCGUCCUAAAGGAAGACCAGCAGGUACAGUGAGAUUCAAAGGACCCUUAGAAACUUCUAAUGAAGUUAAUAAAAGUCGCAAAUGUGGGUUUUGCAAUGAGAGCGGACUACAUGUCCAAUGA